CUUGCUAAGUGACCUACUCGACUUAAAAGUCAUAACAGAUUGGCACAUCAACAUACACAAAGAUUACGUGAAUGGGAUCACAUUAUCUCAACUUAGAGAAUUGGGUCUGAUUGAUUCACGCUGAAAGAAAAAUUGAACACAGAAAAGAUAUGCAUGUUCGAAUUUAGAUUAUUUUUUACGUAUUUAAUCUUUUCAGAAGCAAGUACUUUACGAAAACAGAAGACACCGUUUUUCUGCUUGUCUCAUUUUGGAUUCAUUUUUGUUGCAACAUUAUUUGAUUGAAUAUAAACAUAAAUUAAAUUUUUUUCAGCUUCUAACGGAUUCAUAUAUAUUUCUCUAGUAAAAUGCAACAGUCUCUCGUUUUUUUAAUUUAUUUUUUCUCCGUGGUGUCGAUUUUUAGCCAUGACGUUGUUCAAAGAACUGCGAAUUAUCGAAUGAAAAGAAAACCAAAGGAUUAUCAUCUCUAUACAUCCAGAGUCAAUUGGACAGAAGCGGUGAAACAAUGUGAAUCAAAAGGAAUGGAACUGGUGAGCAUUUUAUCGAAAGAAGAAAAUGAUAAUUUAAUCGGAUCGAUAAAAGAAGCCGGCCAGGGUAAAAUCGGUUUUUGGACUUCAGGGAAUCGAUUGGAAACGAAUGGCACAUUUUAUUGGUUUAAUCGAAGUCAAGUAACGUUUACCGAUUGGGAAACCGGCAAACCGGACAACCGAGUCAUUGAUGGCGAGGAGGAAGAAUGUAUUGAGGUGAAAGGAUUUGGAGUUUUAAAAUGGAACGACAAUUUUUGCAGCCACAGUUUAUACUACAUAUGUGAAACGAAUAAUUAAUUAACGUAUCAAUAUGUCUGACGUUUACUGUUUACUUAUUUGAACUUGUCUGAUUCUCAAAAGACUUCACACUUCAAAUCUUCAAAAUAUAUGUUUUUUAGAAAUAUUCAAUAAACACACCAGGAGCUAAGAAAC